CUGUCAUCAACAAAAAAGCCGUGUGAAGUAAACAAAAAUAAUUCUUGACACAUUUACAUCUUUUAUACCUUUGGAUAAGUGGAAUCUUUGGCUCUGCGGGGUAGCAGAAGCAGGCAAAUACUGAUCGAAAUAUUGAGGCUCGUUUCGAAAAAUCAUCACAAUGCGGAAGACUUGGGUCAAGCGGGAGAAUAUCUACUAUAAACCAUUCUAUAAGCAAAAGUCAAAGAUGUUCUUGUUGGGAGUAUUUCUGUUAGGCAUAGUGUUUAUAAUUUAUCAGGCAUUUUCAAUAAAUCAGCUACCAAGUGCGAGUACACCAUGGAGCUUUGAAGGAACGAUGAACGGACUUCGACAAAAACAUAGGGAAAUGAUACGAUCUCUAGGACGCAAACAGAGUGAUGGCUAUGAUGGAGGAGGUGACGGCGACGGUGACGGUGAUCAAGAAACUGAUAGUAAAGCUGUGGAAGAUGCCAUAAAAAUUAUACGUGGCAUACGGCUAUUCGACUACGAUUCGUAUAAACCCAACUUCGAUGGCAAGUUUCGGUGUUUGGAUGGUAGUGGCGAAUUGUUGUUUGAACGUGUCAACGAUAACUACUGUGACUGCAUUUCCGAUGGCAGUGAUGAGCCUAGUACUAAUGCUUGUAAAAAUGGUCGCUUUUAUUGCAAAUUCCAGAAACGACACAUUACGGGCCGCGGUGUCGAUAUAUACGUGCCGAGCAGUCGAGUGAAUGAUGGUAUAUGUGACUGCUGUGAUGGCAGCGACGAAUGGCUGACCAUUAAGUGUAAAAAUAGAUGUACAUAAUAGGUAUACAACACUGCUAUAAGCAGCUGAAAUUUUGUUACUUUAAGUGUAGUCGAAGGACGAGGUAAAAACUCGAAAAAAAUGCAUACAACUCUAUGACAGGCUAGAUAUGGAUAGCAAGUUAGAUAAAUUAGGAUAGAAUUAAUAAAAAAAAUUAUGGUUAUGUAUUUAAAAAAAAAGUACAUUUUGAAUCGAAUUUGUUUAAUGAUGCUGUGCAUCAAGAAAUCGCCUUAAAAGUCUAUAUUUUGCAUUUGUGAAUUAGCUUCUAUACUCAAAGAGGUUAAUAAUUUCAUACGGCAUUCCAAAGUUCUACAAACUGUUAGGCGAUUAAUCUCGAAAAUAUAACUAAAUUUUUGUAAUUGUAAUCAAA